GCAAUCAACUUCCGCCAUGGCAUUAGCAUUCAUCACUCGGACAUCGGCCUCCGCUGUCUUCGCCAAGAGUAUCAGCAGCAGUAGUCAAGCGUUUGUGGGAUUUGCACGUAAAUCGCCGUUUUCUUGUGUUUCUGGAGGUUCUCUGUUUGUGCAGCAAGUGUGUAAUUACGCCAAAAAAGCCAUGGGUCUGCCGCGUUGCUUUUUCGAUCUUUCUGCCGAUAACGCUCCGCUGGGACGUGUCGUUAUCGAGCUGCGCACAGAUGUAACUCCAAAGACUUGUGAAAACUUCCGCGCUCUCUGCACCGGAGAGAAGGGCUUUGGUUACAAGGGUUCCACAUUCCACCGUGUGAUUCCGAACUUCAUGUGCCAGGGUGGUGAUUUCCAGAACCACAACGGUACUGGUGGCAAGUCCAUCUACGGCAACAAGUUCGAAGAUGAGAACUUCAUCCUGAGGCACACCGCCCCUGGCAUCCUCUCGAUGGCCAACGCUGGUCCCAACACCAACGGUUCCCAGUUCUUCAUUACCACCGUGAAGACCUCUUGGCUGGAUGACCGCCACGUCGUCUUCGGCAGCAUUGUCGAGGGUAUGGAUGUUAUUCGAAAGGUCGAAUCCUUCGGAAACCAAUCCGGCAAGACCUCCAAGCAGAUUGUUGUGUCCAACUCUGGUCAAUUGUAAAUUUUUACUUCAUAAAGUCGCAAAUACCUUUCCUUUCUCUUUAAAAUAAUUCAAAUAACUUUUCAUUUUUGUUUCUAAAAUGUCCUACAUUCUCUCACACAAUCCGAAAACGUUCACAUGAUUGCAAAUCAGCCAUGUCGAAGAUAAGUUACAAAACCGUACAAUCCAAUGCAUUUUUUUUGUUCCCCUGAGUCAAUCGAAAAUAACAAUCGAAUAAAUUAAAUUGUAAUUGCCAGCUUAAAGAACGUUCCAAAAAUAAACACUAUGUGGUCGCGGAUUGUACCGCGAUUCUACUUUUAUAACUAAA